CCCUUCCAGGUCCUGUGGCUGAAUCCCCCCCCAAAUUUUCCAGUUCCUGGGAGCUGGAGCAGCCAAAUCUGUUGGGAAGGAGGAUGGGGAGAGGCUGGGAGGGUUCCCAGGGCUUUGGGGGGACAGGGGACAGGUUGGGCCCUUUCCCCCCUCUUUGGGAACUCCACUGUUUGUCCUGGGGUGGAAUUUUAUCCCCCAUGUCCUGGGGGAGCAGGAGCUGAACCCCCUCAGGUGCGUCCCAGCCCCAGGUGGAUUUUGGGCAGCAGAGAUUUUCCAACAGAGAGAUUUUUUUUUUUUCCCUUUUUCCAACCUUUGUCUCAUUUCUGCCUUUUUCAUGGAGCAAUGUCCCUAAAUCCCCAUCCCCUCCCUGUUUUGGCCCCCAAACUCCUGUUCCCUCCUUGUUUUUUCCCCUAUUUUCCCCCCCUAAGCCUCCUCCUCUCUUUUUGCCCCCCAAACCCCCUCGUACUCCCCAGUUUGUCCCAGUUUGUCCCCGUUUGUCCCCGUUUGUCCCCAGUUCCCGGUCACUCGGUGCCACGUCAGGGCCUCGUGCUCCAGGGGAUGAUUGUGCCCUGGAGCCCCGGGGUGACUCAGCCCCCUCUGUGUCCCCUCUCUGUGUCCCCACAGAGGUCACAGGGGGUGGCUCCUGUCUUGGGGACCCCCGUGGGGAAGGGGAAGGGGUGACAGUGACCCAUCCCCACCUUGUGCUGCUCCAUCCCCCCCGUCCCCUCUGGGUCUGUCCUUGUUCCCGUGGCUGGAGGGUGACGGUGACAGUGGUGGUGGUGAUGUCGUUGUCCCCAGUGUGACAUGUCUGGGGUGGCUCUGGUGCCACGUGAUGAGGUGACAAUCACUGCAGGAAGCUCCUCCCUCUGCCAGGGACCCCCAGACUGGGCACGGGGGAAGGGGGCAGCCCCGGCUUGGGGACAGAGGGGGGGUCCUGUCCUCCGUGCCUGCUGUCACAGGAUGUCCCCAAACUGCCGUGUCCGGCUGCUCCUGAGGGAAGUGGGUGCUCAACCCUGUCUGAUUUGGACACGGGGAGGGCUUGGGCACAGGGUGGGUGUCCCCCAGGGCAGCAGGAUGUCCCCAGGGUGGGAUUCUUGGACAAGAGAGUGGCCCCCAGGGCAGCAGAAUGUCCCCAAGGUGGGAGACCAGGACAAGAGAGUGGCCCCCAGGGCAGCAGGACAUCCCCAAGUUGGGAUGCCAGGACAGGACGGUGUCCCAACUUGGGGCCAGAAUCCUUGGGACAGGAGGGUGUCCCCAGGGCAGGGUGCUGGGAUGGGGGGACAUCCCAGGGAUGGACAGGAGGGUAUCCAGGGACAGGAGAAGGUCCCCGGGACAAGAGGACAUCCCAGGGACAGGAGGGCAUCCCGAGAACCGGAGCACAUCCCAGGGACAGGACCCGCCACAGCCCCGCGCCGGUGCCGGUGCUGACUCAGCCGCUCCCGCAGCAUCACGUGGAGCCGGGGCAGCCCCCUCGUCCCCCUCCCCGUCCCCUCCUUCCCUCCAGCCCAUCCAAACCCGACGCUUGCCAAAAUUUUCCGGCUGCCUCCAAACUUCCUCAAUCCGGGAGCAUAAAAAGCGCAGCGGCCGCGGCUCCCGCAGGCCCCGUCCCGGCGCUCCCACCGACGGCUCCGUGCUCGUGCCCAGGCUGUCCCCAGGAUGUGGUGGCCCGUGCUGCUGGCCCUGCUGGUCCCUGCGGCUCCGGCCCAGCUGCACCCAGAGCAGGAACUGGAUGCGCAGUGGGAGCUGUGGAAAAAAACCCACCACAAGCAAUACAAUGGCCAGGCGGACGAGGUGACGCGGAGGCUGAUUUGGGAGAAGAACCUCAAAUACAUCAACACCCACAACCUGGAGCACUCCCUGGGCCUCCACACCUUCGAGCUGGCCAUGAACCACCUGGGUGACAUGACCAGCGAGGAGGUGGUGAGGACAAUGACAGGGCUGAAGGUGCCCCGAGGUCACCGACGCCACAACGAGACCCUCUUUGUCCCUGACUGGAGCGAGAGAGCCCCAGCUGCCAUGGACUGGCGUAAGAAAGGCUACGUGACCCCUGUCAAGAACCAGGGCCAGUGUGGCUCGUGCUGGGCUUUCAGCUCGGUGGGUGCCCUGGAGGGGCAGCUGAAGAGGAAAACGGGCAAGCUGCUGUCCCUCAGCCCCCAGAACCUGGUGGACUGCGUGGCCAACAACGACGGCUGCGGCGGCGGCUACAUGACCAACGCCUUCGAGUACGUCCGCCAGAACCGCGGCAUCGACUCCGAGGACUCCUACCCCUACAUCGGCCAGGACGAGAGCUGCAUGUACAGCCCCACCGGGAAGGCGGCCAAGUGCCGCGGCUACCGCGAGAUCCCCGAGGGCAACGAGAAGGCUUUGAAGAGGGCGGUGGCCAGGAUUGGGCCCAUCUCCGUGGGCAUCGAUGCCAGCCUGCCCUCCUUCCAGUUCUACAGCCGAGGCGUGUACUACGACGAGAGCUGCAACGCGGAGAACAUCAACCACGCCGUGCUGGCCGUGGGCUACGGGGCGCAGAAAGGCACCAAGCACUGGAUCAUCAAGAACAGCUGGGGCGAGGAAUGGGGCAACAAGGGCUACGUCCUCCUGGCCCGCAACAUGAACAAUGCCUGCGGUGUGGCCAACCUGGCCAGCUUCCCCAAGAUGUGACAACCCCACCCAGCCCUUCCCUAGCCACUGCCCUGCCUCCAGCUUGGCCCCUUCCCACCCAGCCCCAAAGGUGACGGUGCUCCCGGGGGGAAUUCUUUGUUUCCAUGAGAAAUUUCCCCUGGGAAAAGGGAAAUUCACCUGCAGGGAAUGGAGGAUGAGUCCCCUCAACUCUGUUUUCCACACUUUGCCAUGCUGGCUUCUGCAUUCCCAUGAUCUGUGGAGGCCAAUCCACCCAGACAUGCUUCAGGAACCAGGUUCCACACCAGCCUCUGCCUCAGGAGCACUGGGGUGGAGGUGGAGUAUUCCCAAUGGAGAACAAAAAUCCCUCUCCCUCCACCCUGUAUCCCAGUGGAGGCUGCUGAGAGUGACCUUGACUUUAUUUUUCAACUAAAAUUGGGAAUAAGGCU